CUCUGAGGUGUUUGUUAAUUUUCUUAUUCCUUGUGUCAAGUGAAAGAAAAAAAAAAGGAAAGAAGGAAUGGCCGCCAUAGCCAAUGUGCUCUGCUUUUCGUUCAUUAUAUCAUUAACUUGGAUGGUUGAAGCUCGAAUCCCAGGGGUUUACUCUGGGGGUUCUUGGCAAACUGCUCAUGCUACCUUUUACGGAGGAGCUGAUGCUUCCGGCACCAUGGUUGGUGUUUCAGGGGGAGCGUGUGGGUACGGAAACCUGUACAGCCAAGGGUACGGUGUGAACACAGCGGCAUUGAGCACAGCACUUUUCAACAAUGGCUUAAGCUGCGGUGCGUGUUUUGAGAUCAAGUGCGCAAACGACGGGGAAUGGUGUCACUCUGGGAGUCCAUCCAUCUUUAUCACCGCAACUAACUUCUGUCCUCCUAACUAUGCUCUUCCAAACGACAAUGGUGGAUGGUGCAACCCUCCACGCCCACACUUCGACCUUGCCAUGCCUAUGUUCCUCAAAAUUGCCGAGUACCGUGCCGGCAUCGUCCCUGUCGCCUAUCGACGGUUGCCAUGCAGAAAGCAGGGUGGGAUACGGUUCACAAUAAACGGUUUCCGUUUCUUCAACUUGGUUCUGAUCAGCAACGUCGCGGGUGCAGGGGAUAUCGUGCGCACGUACGUGAAGGGCUCUCGGACCGAGUGGAUGCCGUUGAGCCGAAACUGGGGUCAGAACUGGCAGUCGAACGCUGUUUUGGUGGGCCAGGCCCUGUCCUUCCGUGUCACGGCCAGCGACCGCCGCACCUCCACCUCUUGGAACAUUGCUCCGGCCAGUUGGCAAUUCGGUCAAACUUUCACCGGGAAGAAUUUUCGGGUCUAAUCAUCGUCAACGACAACAUCCUUAAAUACUUUUUAUUAUUAAAGAAAAACUCGAUUUUUAGGUUUCCCGCCAAUUAAAAUUUUUUCUAGAUGGUGUUUUUUUUGACUGGGUUGUUGGCGACAUUGUGAGAGAGGAAGUGACAACUUAAUUGUGACUAUGUUGUUGGUUUUUCUUUCUGAUUGGUGGGUUUUGAUGUAUUAUGGCGGUACGUGUGUGCGAUAGCACUUUAAAUUUGUAUGGUAGACUAGUGGGUGUAACUG